UCCCCUCCAAUCCUCAUCUGUUCUUCACUGUGGAGGAAGGGAGAGAGAAAGAGAGAGUUUUUCACAAGUAAAGCUGCUAGCAGUCUGCCGGGGGAGAGCGUCGGAGGAGCCAGCGAGCAGGUCGUGCGCCCGAGGAUUGUGGAAUCUAAAAAAGCUCAAAGGGAGCCGCAGAGCCGAGAGGUAUCUGGAAGCAGGUGGUGCACAGGUGCAGGAGAAGAGCAGGGACCACACGUCUGUGGAAGAAAAUUGACAGUUUCCUUUACAGUCACUAACAUCCCCUAGCAACCGUCACCAUGGCAGCUGAGAAAGCUGAAAUGGAUGCACUGAAAAAGGAGUGCGAUGGCCUCCGUACACAGAUCGAGGCGGCCCGUAAGGCUGUGAACGACAGCAGCAUGUCAGGAGCAGCAGGGGGCGUGGCCGCUGUGGGCCGGGUCCAGCUGAAGCUCAGGAAGACACUCAAGGGUCACCUGGCUAAAAUCUACUCCAUGCACUGGUCUACUGACUCCAGGUCAAUGGUGAGUGCAUCACAGGACGGCAAGCUGCUGGUCUGGGACACCUUCACAGGAAACAAGCUGGUGGCCGUGCCUCUAAAGUCGGCCUGGGUGAUGAGUGUCGCCUUCGCCCCCUCUGGUAACCUGGUGGCCAGCGGUGGUCUGGACAACAUGUGCACGGUGUACAACAUCAAGGCCGCCAGCCCCAAGACCCUCAGGGAGCUGGACGCACACACAGGUUAUCUGUCCUGCGCCCGUUUCCUCAGCGACUCGGAGAUCGUGACAGCCUCCGGCGACACCACCUGCUGCCUGUGGGAUCUGGAGACCGGGAAGCAGAAGAUCAUCUUCACCAACCACAUCGGGGACUGCAUGUCUCUUGCUCUGUCCGCCGACAUGAACACCUUCGUCUCCGGAGCCUGCGACUCUCUGGCCAAGUUGUGGGACCUGAGGGAAGGGACCUGCAAGCAGACCUUCUCUGGACACACCAGUGACAUCAAUGCCAUCUCUUACUUCCCCAAUGGAAACGCCAUUGUCACAGGCUCUGACGACUGCAGCUGCAAGAUGUACGACCUGCGCUCCGACCAGGAGGUGAUCAGCUACCAGGACAGCAGCCUGAACGCCGGCGUCACGUCUUUGUCUCUGUCCAACUCAGGCCGACUUGUCUUUGCAGGAUACGACGACUUCAACUGUCACAUCUGGGACACACUGAAGGGAGAGAAAGUCGGUGUGCUGUCUGGCCAUGACAACAGGGUGAGCUGCACCGGCGUCCCUGAGGAUGGUAUGGGUGUCUGCACAGGAUCCUGGGACAGCUUCCUCAAACUGUGGAACUGAGGCAUCCCUGCAGAGGAACAAAACACUAGGAGGAGGAAGAGGAGGAGGAGGAGGAGGAGAGGAAGACGAGGAAAAGGGGGAGGAAAAGGGUGAAGAUAGGAAGGAGAAGAGGACAUAGGGGAAUAAGUGGAGAGAUGAGUGAGGUUGGGGGAUAAUGGGUUUGCUCUUCCUCUCUUCCUCUCCCUUUCCUCUUCUUCCUCAGUCAUGUAUGCAAAUAUUGAGAGGCUGCGAGUGAGUCACGUUGUAUAAAUGGCAUCAGGUAAAUGGAGCACGAUGCAUCCUGCUGUAUGUGCAGGAGAGUUUUAUUGUUGUCGAGAUGAUUUAAACGCUAAGGGAUAAAAAAAAUAAAAAAAUAGCGCAUUAUUCAAAGUGAUAACCGAGCAGAGAAGAAGCUCUUACUGAGAAUGUCACGUAAACACGUUUAGAUUUUUGACUAAAGAGAGAGGAGACGUGAAUAUUGAAAAUAAGACUGUAGCUUUACAGAUUUAUUUUUAUUGUCUUUCAGAUCUUUGACCUGUAAAAGAGCCCUGCACUUACUUAGAUGGAUAUGUAAAUGAUUUGUAUUUUAGAGUUUAAGACCUUAGCUCGGAGAGUUCAUGUACAGUGUCUUUAUUUUUAUUCUAUUUUUGGGCCGCACACAUCCAGAGCAUAUGUGUGUUUACGGUAGAGCUGCCAUUUUGGUUCCACUGCUAACAACAGGCAGACUUUGAUCCAAGAUGGCUGCCGCUGUUUCCUCCAUCUGAGCGUGAGAAUCUGCUGACUAGAGAAGGUUAAAGGCCGUCCUUCUGUAAACACCUGUAAAGUGUAUUUUACUCCCCUGGGCUCAGCUGCAUUUUGUAGGACUUUUACACUUGUGCAGUUCCUCUGUAAAAAGACCAAAUGUUUGUUGACAAUCUUUCUAAUAAACAUAGAAUUCUGCAUAUA